GAGGUUAGUUACCACGUCAGUGAGCUGACAGGGAAGGUAGCCGGCUCCGCCGACCGUCCCGGCCCAGUUCUCCCGGUCAUCUGUAAGCUUUCACCCUGAAGUUAGGAUCGACUUCCAGAAAACAGGCUCCGUCCCGUGUCUCGGUCGCCACUAGCGCCGGGAAAGCGGCUGGGAGACGCCUCCGGGGCCAGGCUGGACAUGAGCCGCGGCUGCCGGUACUGGGACUAGGCCCCGCCAUUUUGGAUCCGCUGACAGGUUUGUCAGGAUGGUGGAUAAGAAUAUUUACAUCAUUCAAGGAGAAAUUAACAUUGUUGUUGGCGCCAUCAAACGAAAUGCACGAUGGAGCACCCAUAUACCACUGGAUGAAGAGCGGGAUCCUCUACUGCACAGUUUCAGUCAUUUAAAGGAGGUCUUAAACAGCGUAACAGAACUCUCAGAGAUCGAGCCAAAUGUAUUCCUUCGUCCAUUUCUGGAAGUUAUUCGCUCUGAAGAUACCACUGGUCCUAUCACCGGCCUGGCACUCACCUCUGUCAACAAGUUCCUGUCCUACGCACUCAUCGAUCCAACUCAUGAGGGCACAGCAGAGGGCAUGGAGAACAUGGCAGAUGCUGUCACUCACGCCCGUUUUGUGGGCACAGAUCCUGCCAGUGAUGAAGUUGUCCUGAUGAAAAUCCUCCAGGUUCUCCGAACUCUGUUGCUAACCCCAGUGGGUACCCACUUAACAAAUGAAUCUGUAUGUGAGAUUAUGCAAUCUUGCUUCCGGAUUUGCUUUGAAAUGAGACUUAGUGAGUUAUUGAGAAAAUCCGCAGAGCACACUCUCGUAGACAUGGUGCAGCUGCUCUUCACAAGGUUACCUCAGUUUAAAGAAGAACCCAAGAGCUAUGUGGGAACCAACAUGAAGAAGAUCUCUCCAUGUCUCCUCAGCAAACUGCAGCUAAGUAGUGGGGAGCAGACCAAAGCCCUGAACCAGUUAGAGAGGGUGCUACUCUUUAAGAACCUCAAGCUGAAAAUGAGAGCAGGAGGCAUGAGUGACUCAUCCAAGUGGAAGAAGCAGAAAAGAUCCCCUCGGCCUCCACGUCACACAACCAAAGUCGUACCGAGUUCAGAGCUGCCCACCCCAAAUGGAGCCACCUUACCUUCUAACCUUUCUAGUGGCAUGCCUUUCAUUGAUGUGCCCACAUCCGUCUCCUCUGCAAGUUCAGAAGCUGCCUCAACAGUGGUCAGUCCCUGUACAGACAGUGGCCUGGAAUUAUCUUCCCAGACCACCUCCAAGGAGGACCUCACUGACCUGGAGCAAGCUGGCUCCCCAAGGGAAAGCACAGCCACAGAGCCUGGGAGAACUGAGAUAGGAGUUUCUGAUCAGCUUGACCCUCAGGAAGGGGCCCAUGUGGAAAAGGCCCAGUCAGCAUCGGUGGAAUCUAUCCCUGAAGUGUUGGAGGAGUGCACAUCCCCUACUGACCACUCUGCCUCUGCCUCUGUCCAUGACAUGGAUUAUGUCAAUCCUCGGGGCGUUCGCUUUACCCAGUCCUCCCAGAAGGAAGGCACAGCUUUGGUUCCUUAUGGUCUUCCUUGUAUCCGUGAGCUCUUCCGCUUCCUUAUCUCCCUCACAAAUCCACAUGACCGCCACAACUCUGAGGUUAUGAUCCACAUGGGACUGCAUUUGCUGACAGUGGCUCUUGAGUCAGCCCCUGUAGCCCAGUGCCAGACCCUCUUGGGCCUCAUCAAGGAUGAGAUGUGUCGCCACUUAUUCCAGCUACUCAGUGUAGAACGACUGAACCUGUAUGCUGCUUCCCUACGGGUAUGCUUCUUACUGUUUGAGAGCAUGCGGGAGCAUCUCAAGUUCCAAUUAGAGAUGUACAUCAAAAAACUCAUGGAAAUCAUCACUGUUGAAAAUCCCAAGAUGCCUUAUGAGAUGAAGGAGAUGGCGCUGGAGGCCGUUGUGCAGCUCUGGCGCAUUCCCAGCUUUGUCACUGAGCUCUACAUCAACUACGACUGUGACUACUACUGCUCCAACCUCUUUGAAGACCUCACCAAACUGCUGUCCAAGAAUGCCUUUCCUGUGUCUGGUCAGCUUUAUACAACACACCUACUGUCCCUUGAUGCCCUGUUGACAGUUAUUGACAGCACUGAGGCUCACUGUCAGGCCAAAGUCCUCAACACCCUCACCCAGCAAGAGAAAAAGGAGACAGUCAGACUCGACUACGAGGCAGUGGAUGGCACCCAAGAAACUAACAAUACUGAGAAAGGAGCCAUUGAGGGGAAAGCCGCAGGCAUGGCCUCAGAUGCCCUAGGCCUUCAACGUCCAAGUGGAGGAUGGCUGUCAGCAGAACAUGGGAAACCAGGAUGCAAUGAUGUGGAGGAAGCCGGUGACUCUGGGGCUGACAAAAAGUUCUCCAGGAAGCCGCCUCGAUUUUCCUGUCUUCUGCCAGAUCCACGGGAACUAACUGAAAUUAAAAACAAAAAAAAGUUGCUGAUUACUGGCACAGAGCAGUUUAAUCAAAAACCAAAGAAGGGGAUCCAGUUUCUACAGGAAAAAGGCCUCCUCACCAUUCCAAUGGAUAACACAGAGGUGGCCCAGUGGCUCCGAGAGAACCCUCGACUAGACAAGAAAAUGAUUGGAGAGUUCGUGAGCGACCGCAAAAACAUUGACCUAUUGGAAAGUUUUGUGAGCACCUUCAGCUUUCAGGGUCUGCGUCUUGAUGAAGCUCUCCGACUCUACCUGGAAGCCUUCCGUUUGCCCGGGGAAGCACCAGUUAUUCACAGGUUGCUGGAGGCAUUCACAGAGCAUUGGAGGAACUGUAAUGGCUCCCCAUUUGCCGAUAGCGAUGCCUGCUUUGCCCUUGCCUAUGCUGUCAUCAUGCUUAACACUGACCAGCACAACCACAAUGCUCGCAAACAGAAUGCACCGAUGACCUUGGAGGAUUUUCGAAAAAACCUAAAAGGUGUGAAUGGAGGCAAGGACUUUGAGCAAGACAUCCUGGAGGACAUGUACCAUGCCAUCAAGAAUGAGGAGAUCGUGAUGCCUGAGGAACAGACAGGCCUGGUCCGUGAGAACUAUGUCUGGAGUGUGCUGCUUCAUCGAGGUGCUACCCCUGAGGGCAUAUUCCUUCGCGUCCCUCCUGGCAGCUAUGACCUUGACCUCUUCACUAUGACCUGGGGCCCCACUAUUGCUGCUCUCUCUUAUGUCUUUGAUAAAAGCCUUGAGGAGACCAUCAUCCAAAAAGCCAUCUCAGGCUUCAGGAAGUGUGCCAUGAUCUCCGCCCACUAUGGCCUCAGCGAUGUGUUUGACAAUCUCAUCAUCUCUCUGUGCAAGUUCACAGCUCUCAGUAGUGAGUCUAUUGAGAACCUGCCCAGUGUGUUUGGAAGCAACCCUAAAGCUCACAUUGCAGCCAAGACAGUAUUCCAUUUGGCCCAUCGUCAUGGUGACAUCCUUCGGGAGGGCUGGAAGAAUAUCAUGGAGGCUAUGCUGCAGCUCUUCCGAGCCCAACUUUUACCCAAGGCUAUGGUGGAGGUAGAAGAUUUUGUGGAUCCCAAUGGCAAGAUCUCUCUACAGCGGGAGGAAAUGCCAUCAAAUCGAGGAGAGUCAUCAGUACUUAGCUUUGUGAGCUGGCUAACACUGAGUGGUCCUGAGCAAUCUAGUGUACGGGGCCCAUCUACAGAGAACCAGGAAGCCAAGAGAGUGGCCUUGGACUGUAUCAAGCAAUGUGACCCAGAAAAAAUGAUCACAGAAAGCAAGUUCCUCCAGCUGGAAUCACUGCAGGAGCUUAUGAAGGCUCUGGUUUCAGUGACCCCAGAUGAAGAGACAUACGAUGAAGAAGAUGCUGCUUUUUGUCUGGAGAUGCUGCUGAGGAUUGUGUUGGAGAACAGGGACCGUGUGGGCUGUGUAUGGCAGACUGUUCGAGAUCAUCUAUACCACUUGUGUGUUCAGGCACAAGAUUUCUGCUUUCUUGUGGAACGGGCAGUGGUAGGGCUUCUACGCCUAGCCAUUCGGCUGCUCCGGAGAGAAGAGAUUAGUGGCCAGGUCCUGCUCUCCCUACGCAUCUUGUUACUGAUGAAGCCCAGCGUGCUGUCCAGAGUCAGCCACCAGGUUGCAUACGGGCUCCAUGAACUCCUCAAGACCAAUGCAGCCAACAUCCACUCUGGUGAUGACUGGGCCACUCUCUUCACAUUGCUGGAGUGCAUCGGCUCAGGCGUGAAGCCUCCAGAUGCUCUACAGGCCACAGCCAGGGUCGAUGCUCCUGAUGCUGGAGCACAGUCAGACAGUGAGCUCUCAUCCUACCAUCAAAAUGAUGUCAGCCUGGACCGUGGGUAUACUUCCGACUCAGAAGUCUACACUGACCAUGGCAGGCCUGGCAAGAUACACCGAUCAGCCACAGAUGCUGAUAUGGUCAACAGUGGUUGGUUAGUGGUGGGGAAGGAUGACAUUGAUAACUCCAAAGCAGGAGCAGGGCUCAACAAGCCAGGCCCUUCACCCCUGGUUAAUCAAUAUAGCCUCACAGUGGGCCUGGACCUGGGACCACAUGACACUAAGUCCCUGCUCAAGUGUGUGGAAUCGUUGUCCUUCAUUGUUCGUGAUGCUGCUCACAUCACCCCUGACAACUUUGAACUUUGUGUCAAGACUCUCCGCAUCUUUGUUGAGGCCAGUCUGAAUGGUGUCUGGCUCUGCUCAGGGUGCAAGUCCCAGGACAAACGUGGCAAGAGUCACAAAUAUGACAGCAAAGGGAACCGCUUCAAGAAAAAACCCAAGGAGGGCUCAAUGCUUCGGCGGCCCCGAACCUCCAACCAACAUGCCACUCGGGGUGGACAUAGUGAUGAGGAAGAGGAUGAAGGCGUGCCUGCCAGCUACCAUACGGUGUCUUUACAGGUCAGUCAAGACUUGCUGGACCUGAUGCACACCCUGCACACUCGGGCAGCCUCUAUCUACAGCUCCUGGGCAGAGGAGCAACGCCACCUGGAAUCAGGUGGCCAGAAGAUUGAAGCCGAUUCACGCACUCUCUGGGCCCACUGCUGGUGCCCUUUAUUACAAGGUAUUGCCUGCCUGUGCUGUGAUGCCCGGCGCCAGGUGCGGAUGCAGGCGUUGACAUAUCUGCAGCGAGCACUUCUGGUACAUGACCUACAAAAACUAGAUGCCCUGGAAUGGGAGUCCUGCUUUAACAAGGUGCUGUUUCCUCUACUGACCAAGCUGUUAGAAAAUAUCAGCCCUGCAGAUGUCGGUGGGAUGGAGGAGACCCGGAUGAGGGCUUCCACACUGCUCUCAAAGGUCUUCCUGCAGCACCUGUCUCCACUGCUGUCGCUGUCCACCUUUGCUGCCCUGUGGCUCACCAUCCUGGAAUUCAUGGACAAGUACAUGCAUGCAGGUUCCAGUGAUUUGCUGUCAGAAGCAAUCCCUGAGUCUCUGAAGAACAUGCUCCUGGUGAUGGACACAGCAGAGAUCUUCCACAGUGCAGAUGCGAGAGGAGGCGGCCCCUCUGCCCUCUGGGAGAUUACCUGGGAGCGCAUUGAUUGCUUUUUGCCACAUUUACGUGAUGAACUCUUCAAGCAGACUGUCAUCCAGGACCCCAUGCCCACCGAACCUCACAGCCAAAAGCCUCUGGCCUCCACCCACCUGACUCCUGCUGCUGGUGACCCCAGGACGCCCGGCCAUCCACCUUCCCCAGAGAUACCCUCAGAAGUGGGGGCCUGUGACUCAGAGAAGCCUGAGGGUACCCGAGCUCCCAGCAGCAGCUCUCCCACAUCACCAGUGGCCUCUAGUCCUUCCCCAGAGGGCCCUCCCCCACUGGCCCAGCCCCCACUAAUCCUACAGCCACUGACUUCCCCACUGCAGGUGGGCGUGCCGCCCAUGACGCUGCCCAUCAUCCUCAACCCAGCCCUCAUCGAGGCUACCUCCCCGGUGCCACUCUUGUCCACACCCCGUCCUGCAGACCCUAUCCCCACCUCUGAAGUCAACUAAGGCAGUCCUCGGAGAUCAGGACCAUUACUUCCCACCAGACGUUCCAGUCUCAAGGGCCACAGAAAUCUUCAAGCCCAAAGCAAGCUGCUAUUGCUACUACUUGAUGGGGGAAAUGAGAAUUCUUAUUUCAUUCAGUGCUGGGAUCCACUUCAGGCUGCGAGACUCUCUUCCUCUACUGUCCAUUCCUGAACUUCCAAGCUGAGAGUGGACACAGGCAUAGCCCGUAGCCUCUGCUUUGAGCCUGGCAGCCCUGGGAAGGCAUGGAACCAACCCCACUGUGCCAACCCUGCAGUGCCUGCCAUUUGCCCCUCUGCCAGGUUAGGCAUUAAGAGCCAAGCCCAACCACUCUGCACUUUGUUCCUCUCCAUCCAGUCCCAUCAGCCCUGGGCCACCUUCUCCAAUUCUUCCUUUACUAAAUAGUUGGUCAGUUUGGAGUUGCUUGGCACCAUGGAGGGUGGGCAGGUAGGACUUGAUGGGGGUCUGCCCAUAGGAGCAUGUACAUAUGGAAAAUAACACCAAUGGACUUUUUAUGAUGUAAUAAAUAUAUUAGUACCAACACA